AUGGCGUUCGGAUCCGAUUUCCACAUCUUUGAGACUGGUGUCGCCCCCACCCGUGUCCCCUUCCAGCUCCCGCGUUCAGGCGGCUUAGGGCUCACGGAGAGGUGGUUGGCCAGGAGGGAGGUGUGGCACCCUCCGACCGAGAAUGCCCAGGCAGGGGAGGGUCUGCAAAGGCUGCAGGGGGGCCUCAACAAGGCGGGGAUCCCUUGUGAAACAAGUCGCCACCGCGAGUGCCUGCGUUGGCCCCGGGCGGCGGAGCUGCGGGAGCUCCCGGUCCAGGAGAACAGCACGAAGGUGUUGAGAAAGCCGUUUGUGAAAAGACCUCUUUCCUUCCCUUUCAAGAGCCCUCUUGCUCGGCCGAUGGAAGGGAGGAGCAGGUUCCAAGCGCGAGAAGCUGCGGGAAAACGCUCCCCAGGACUCGGGGAGAACCAGAUUACUUCUCAAAUGGAUAAGAAGGGUUCCCGAAGUAAGGUGUACCUCCGUGGCUUGUACCAGAUGUAUUCUGCCUCCCUUGCUAACAUGGAAUUCUCCAGACGCCUGCUGGAGAGGGACGGCCGCUUCGCAGACACGCUCGCCGAGCCCGGAGCCGGCCGUCUGCGUGAUUUCCUGAUCCCCCGUGGACACGGGCAGCCGGGAGCGGCCCAGCGCGGGGCAGAGGCGGCCCAGGAGGACGAGCGGGCCCCCGGGCCGCGGCCUCGCGCUCGCCCUGCCCUCUGCUUCUUGAAAUGUCAGAGGUCAGCGAGCCUGAAGACAGAGCCCCACCCCCAAACCAGAGGACGGCAAGGGGCCCCGCGGGGCAGGCGGCAGCUCCCAGGGCGUACGCAGGCUGAGCCCUCUGGUCGUGGGGUGAGCCCAGCGCCCCGGCCCCCAGCGCCCCUGGCCCUGGAGCACUUGUUCCAGACUCAUCCGGUGGUGGAAGCUCAGGCAGCAAGCCGGUACUGGGUUAACUACGCGGAUGAAGAACGAGGUCGCAGCUCUUUCCGAGCUAUGAUGAGCGACGAGGCGGCGGCGGUGCCGUCCUGCCUCCGCCGCAAAAUGAACACGCGUGUACCUCGCACGGCGUGUCCCAACCGGCGCGAUGGCAGACGUCUGCGAGCCUUCCUCGUCUCCGUGGACGACCGCACCCACGGCGCCUCCCUCACUGCCGCAGACCCCGGUGGAACCGACACGCCCACCCGUGGGCUGUGA